CCAAAUGGGGAAAGGAAUAAUACCGUUACGACACGGAAGUUUACCUGGUGCUUUGCGAUUGCCUAAAAGAUAUGAAAAAUUCUCCAAGGACGAAAUGUCGCCUGGUUUGUCGUCUGCUUCAAAACGGAAGUCAUCGAUCAUCAUUGAGCACGAGGAGACAGAAGAUGAACGAAUGAGGGAUAUGAUGCAAGUCAUUAUGUGGGUGAAACAAGAGCUCAUACUGUUAAGACAACAUGAUAUUUUACUUAAAAGACAAUUCUGUGAUAUUCAAGACACAAUCCAUUCAUUGACCAAAUCCAGGAAAUAUAGAAAAAGUCCCGCGACAGACUCCACUACAAGUCUACAAUCAACUGAAGGCAGUGAAUUUGGACUAGACAAUUAUUCAGUACGAUCAGCAUCAAGUGUCACAGCAUUGGACGGUACCGAUACAGAGGAAGAGGAUGACGCUUUUCGUCCACGAACAUGUUCUAUGAAAACAACGCGAGAUCUUGCAGCUCUCGCGAGAAGAAGGGGGAGCAAGGAAUUGAUAUGAAAGAGCAAACAGUUGGCGUUAACUAUAAAUGUGAAAGUGCUAUUUGUGUGUAUAAUAUAAGGAAAAAGUGUUCAAUAUAGAUGUCUGUGUAAUACAGACUGAUCCUAGUCAUGGUGAAAUAGAAUUAGCGUAACCCAAACUGUUAGUUAGCAUUCUUGUUUCUAAGUUAUAAUUAACAAUAAUUCAUACAUUGCUGUAUUUUUACAUUAACACGAAAUAUAUCUUUAUAUAGUCUGUCACAACUGUUAUAUUAUACCUUACAUAAAUGUUUUUCUUCUUUACAAUUGUAAGUGUUAACGGGCCUUUUAAUGACAUAGAAGUAAAAAAGGCGUAUGUUAAUCAUUUGACAUGGUGUUUACAAUGUAAUAUCAACGGUGGUCAUUGUUUACUUGUCUGUUACUUGACAAAAAUCUUUAGUAAAAAUAGUCUUUUGACUUGCCGAGAGUCCUGCACUUGUACUGCUUAGAGUAACAUGCUAUAUGCCAUUCCAUUUACAAAUCAUAGAAGACAAAUUGUAUUGUAAUACAAAUGAUGUAUGUUUGGUUAAGUCAAUACAGUAAACUUCACUUA